AUGGUUGCUUCCAACACAGCCCACUUUCUUCCUUUCCUCUUUGCUGUUGUUCUUGCAUUAUGGAUGAAUGGCUCUUCUGCCAAGGCCCAAUCCCUUGUUCUCCCAUGCCAAAAUGAUGUUAUCUUCCGAUCCUCAGAUGGAUCCAGCUGCCCCUCUCCUGAUCCCUUGUUAUACUAUCAGCCGGUGAUUGGGAUCCUGUCUCACCCCGGCGACGGUGCAAGUGGAAGGCUGACUAACGCCACCAAUGCCUCCAAUAUCCCUGCAUCCUAUGUUAAGUUCGUUGAGUCAGUUGGCGCCCGGGUUAUCCCUAUCAUCUACAACGAGCCCGAAGAUAUCAUCAUAAAAAAACUCAAUGUGGUAAAUGGCGUGUUUUUUACUGGUGGAUGGGCGAAAACAGGCUUGUACUAUGAUGUGUCGAAGAAAAUUUUUGAGAUAGUUUUGGCAAAAAAUGAUGCAGGGGAUCAUUUUCCUUUGUAUGGAAUGGCCUUAGGCUUUGAGCUAUUGACCAUGUUCAUCAGCCAGGAUAAUGAUAUCUUGGAGAAAAUUGACAUAAAAAAUCAGGCAUCUACACUUCAGUUCAGUACUUCAGACUUCAAUGGAACUCUCUUCCAGAGCUUUCCUCCAGAUUUAUUGGCUAAGAUGAGCACAGAAUGCCUUGCAAUGCACAAUAGUAUGUAUGGCAUUUCACCUACAAGGUUGCAAGCGGACAAUGCUCUAUCUAGCUUCUUCAAUAUUCUCACCACCUCUGCGGAUACUAAUAAUGUGGAUUUUGUUUCCACGGCACAAGCCUACAACUAUCCUAUCGUUGGGUUUCAAUGGAUUCCAUCUAGAAAUGCUUUUGAAUGGGGGUACAAUUAUACAAUUCCUCAUACUGAAGAUGCAAUUCGAGUUACUCAACAGACUGCCAACUACUUCAUCAGUGAAGCGCGAAAAUCUUCAACGAGACCUAAACCAAUCGCGGUUCUAACCCAUCUCAUUUACAAUUUCCAACCAACUUAUAGUGGAUAUGCAGGCAAAGGAUAUGAUCAAGUUUAUAUCUUUGUUAUAUGA